CCGCGGAAGCCUCCAGACGCGGAGCCGGGCGAGCGGCUGCUGGCUGGGAGGCGGCCGUGCGGCAGGUGGAUUACCAUGGGAAAUACCUUUGCUUCUGGAAACCCAGAGAAUACCUGGCAGAACUCCGGAAGCCAGUUAAUAAAACUAUCCAUGGAGAAUACUGAAAACUUAGUGGAUUCAAAAUCCAUUAAAAAUUUGGAAACAAAGAUCAUCCAUGGAAGCAAAUCAGUGGACUCUGGAAUGUCCUUGGACAAUAGCUACAAAAUGGAUUAUCCUGAAAUGGGUUUAUGUAUAAUAAUUAAUAAUAAGAACUUUCAUAAAAGCACUGGAAUGUCAUCUCGGUCAGGUACAGAUGUAGAUGCAGCAAACCUCAGGGAAACAUUCAUGAACUUGAAAUAUGAAGUCAGAAAUAAAAACGAUCUUACACGUGAAGAAAUUGUGGAAUUGAUGUGCAAUGUUUCUAAAGAAGAUCAUAGCAAAAGGAGCAGUUUUAUUUGCGUGCUUCUAAGCCAUGGUGAAGAAGGAAUAAUUUUUGGGACAAAUGGACCUGUUGACCUGAAAAAAAUAACAAGUUUCUUCAGAGGGGAUUAUUGUAGAAGUCUAACUGGAAAACCCAAACUUUUCAUUAUUCAGGCCUGCCGAGGUACUGAACUGGACUGUGGCAUUGAGACAGACAGCAGUAUCGAUGAUGACAUGGCAUGUCAGAAAAUACCAGUCGAAGCUGACUUCUUGUAUGCAUACUCCACAGCACCUGGUUACUAUUCCUGGCGAAAUUCAAAGGAUGGCUCCUGGUUCAUCCAGUCACUUUGUGCUAUGCUGAAACAGUACGCUCACAAGCUUGAGUUUAUGCACAUUCUUACCCGGGUUAACCGAAAGGUGGCGACAGAAUUUGAGUCCUUUUCCUUAGACUCUACUUUUCAUGCAAAAAAACAGAUUCCAUGUAUUGUGUCCAUGCUCACAAAAGAACUGUAUUUUUAUCACUAAGGAAAUGGUUGUUUGGGUUUUUUUAGUUUGUAUGCCAAGUAAGACAGUACAACUGAUACUGUAUUUCCUGUUCUCAUUUAAAUCUAAUCUAAUGCUCCAGAUGGUACUUCGAAACAUAACCACUUCCAUGGUAGUAGAACCAAUACAAAGCUACCUCAGACUCAAAAUCAAGUAGUUGAAAUUGAAUUUAAUUAGGAAUAAAUAAAAAUGGAUAAUGGUGCAGUCCUUAUGAAAGGAAAUGAUUGUAAAUUUACAACUUUCAUAAUUAGCAAAAAAUGCUAUGCUAUGAAUUUUUAAGUAAUCAUGAAACAUUGCAGUGAGGAAUUUUGACGACAUCCUCCCACUUAGGAAGGUGCGUUUUAGUUUUUGUCAAACUAUAAAAAUGAUUAUGUGGAAGAACUUAGGGACCCGUGGGCGCAGUCAAAGGCUCUAACCUGUAGUUUAGAAUUGAUGUACAAAGAUAAGUCAACUGUGUUUUUAGACCAUUUAUCUAAGGUUAUGGUUUUGUGAUGUUUGUCCUGAGCAUGUCUUUGUUAUAAAAAAAAAAAAAGUCAUCGUUUACUAUUGAAAAAGAAAGUAAUAUUUUAUUUGAGAGGAAGUACAAGCAAACUAAGUUGAUGCUUUUAAGAGUAAAAUGUAGCAUUUAUAAGGGGACGGAGCUACAACCAUAAGGUGCUGAAAUGCAGCUGAUCUGCCAGCAUAUAAGUAUUUGUUCUGUGCACAUCAGUUGAGCUUCACAUACCAGCAAAAUAUCUGAAGAGCUAUUGUGUAAAAACCUCAAACUGUUGAUUAUUAACAGGAUAACACGAAGAAAUUCUAUAGGAACAUACUAAAAUACAACUUAUAUAAUAAAAAUGGAAUGUGAGGAAAGAAAGUUGGUGAGCCGGGCUCUCUGGAAUUAGAGAGCAGGUGGUUGGAGCCUGAGCAGAGACACACACAGCCUGCUCCGUGGGAGGCACCUUCGGGAAAGACCACCAGCUAGCCUCUUCAUACGUACUGAUGUGCGUGGAGGAUGCCCCAAGGCACAAAUCGCCAAGUAAGAAAGUGAGCCAGAUCAGAAACUUCUGGAAUGGAAAUUUUUUUCAAAGGUGGUACAUCACAAUAAAAAUUAUAGUAUUCUUCGUAGUAAAAUUUUUAAGCAUGUUAAGUUAUUUUUCUGUUGAAGUUUAUAAUCAAAGGAAAAUAGUAGUACUGUUUUAUACUGUUCGCUGGCAUAAGAGGACCAUGGCAACAGGACUCUAGAAGUCAUCCCGCCGGAGCCCCUCCUCUGGCCCGUGGGGAGGUGCAGGCCCCCACUGCCUCGCUCCUGGAGGCCCCGUCUGGCAUUUCACCUGAGCUUUCUUUUUGCUCAAAGAAAGGAAUUCACAUUUGUAAAUGACAGCCAUUUGUUUUGACUUGACCUGUAACUUUUUCUAAGUAAGUGCAGCAUGGAAUGGUACCUUGAGAUGUGUUCCUGUGUGACCAUUUUAUAAAAAUUUAUUUUGCAUUUUUAUUUCAAAAUACACUUUCAAACUUAAAAUUA